AUGGUCCAAUUCAAAGAACAGUACCCCAUAGAGCCAAAAGUGCUUUGCGAAAAGAAUUGCAGUAUACGUACAAGUCAUAGCUGGGAGGAAAUACUAGAGGUCCUGGAUUCGUCGGCGGAGGCAUACUCAUCGAAUUCGGGCUUCAAGGGCAAAAUUCGACGGGCCACAAGGCUUAUCGGAGAUAAGGCCGACGUCAUAAAGCAAGUCACGAGCUUGGUGCCGGAUAUUGACUACUCAAAACCGAUCACCGGUGUGCUGGCGAUCUUACUAGAUGCUUUCAAACGCACAGGAAAGGUUCGCACAACCAUACAAAAUGGGAUUGAGGAGCUAAAAGAAAAGUUUGAUGAUGUUGAUGAUUAUCUCUCCAUCUACUCGUCAAGUGAGAAAAUUAAGGAUGCCGUGAUGACGUUAUAUGUCUCGAUGUUGAAAGCUAUAGAAGAUGUCAUUGGAUUCUAUACUAAGCACAUAGUGAUCAAAGGAUUAGACGCCAUUUGGAGUGGUACACUCUAUGAAGAAUCCUUACUUUUGUGUCUCGAGAAGAUCAGCGAUAAUGGCAAGAAGCUCGUUCAUGAAGCCCACAAGGCUCAUAUGCAUGAAACACACGAAGCGUCGGAGAACGUCAAACUCGGUAUCAAGAGAGUGGAUAGUACGAAGGCUGCUGUCAACAAUCUCCGCGAAUUGUUUGAAGAACAUAUUCGCCAGAAGGAAAUCAAGUACGAGCAAGAGACAGCACAACUCAAUCGGCAAAUUGGUCACAUGGCUCUCGAGCUUGAGAAAGCCAAGCAGGCACACAAUUAUGCACAUACCUAUGCUGGACUUCCGGCCCAAACCAGACACCCCGAGCCACUUAUAUCCCAGCAUGAUGUACUAGAGUUCCUCGAUGUAUCGAGCGUUGGCUAUGUAGAUCUCAGCUACAUCCUCGAACUUCAAGAUCGAUUAACUUCAGGUGGUCAAGACCGGACUACUCAAAUUAUGAAUUCGGCCAUUUUCAGGACUUGGCUUGUCGAUGGUUCGUCAAAGGAGCUGCUCAUUCAUGGCAAAUCAGAACCACGACCGAUAUCACCAAUCUCGUUCUUCUGUGCCAUACUAAUGCAAAACCUACAGGAGGUUGAUAAAUUCAAAUCUUUGGUAUUUUUCUGUGGCUGCCACCCGUAUGAGGAUGACGGUGGAGCCAGAACAAUGAUAAUCAGUCUUCUCGCGCAGCUCCUACGUCAACAGAACUUCAAUCUUGGUUUUAUCGAUCACGAGAUAGUGUAUCAGAUGGAUUGUGGAGACAUUGACACUUUCUGUCAUGUUUUCGGUCAACUGAUCCGGCAGGUCAAUGUUACCGAAACCGUUUUUUGUGUGAUAGAUGGUAUCAACUUCUACGAGCGUGACGAGGAAUCAUUACAGGAGAUGGCACCUGUUCUUCGGUUUCUGCUGGACUUGACGAAGGAACGAGCAGUGUUCAAAAUCCUCAUCACUAGCCCAUCAACUACGAAAGAUGUACGACAAGCUAUUGAAGAUGAAGACUAUCUUGCCUUGCCCGAGCAGGAAAAAAAUACACAAGCUCUCAGUAAUCUGCGAUUUGAGAGGCAGUUGAGUGACAGACUCAACGUAGAGGAAUCUGAAGUGAUGCCGACCACGGCCGUACUCCUGCCCGCGUGA